AUGAGUGUCAUUACAGUCCAGAGCGUGAAAAUGGUGACAGCCAACAUGUUACUGAGCGUCUUCUUUCUUUCAGGUGCUUUGGCUGCUUGUCCUGUUAAAACAGACCUUUUAAUCACUGCACCAAAGCAGAUGGAAGCACUGAGUGGAUCUUGUCUGCAGAUCCCAUGUAACUUUAGAGUUAAACCAGGAGAGAAAUUCAGCAGCACAGGAACAAUCUUUGGAGUGUGGAUCAAAAGUGUUCAAUAUUUUAAGAACAAACCAGACAAUGUAAUUUUCAACAGCAGCAAGAAGAAUAACAUCUACCCAAUGAGUCUGACUGGAGACCUGAGUGAGAAAAACUGCACCACUUUAUUUUCCAGUUUAAUCACUAAUUACACAGACACAUACUACUUCAGGAUUGAUGGUCCAUCAUACAGGGCAACAGCUGCCUGUGAUCCUCUUCAAAUAAAAGUUAAAGGUGAUGUGAAUGAUCUGAAGGAGAAGCAGUCUGUCACUAUAACCUGCUCAGCUUUCACUCCCUGUCCACACUCCCCUCCUAAACUCACCUGGACUCUCCAACAAGACCCUCACAAUAUCAUGGAGCAAGACACAGAUGGAACCUUUACAACUAAAAUCCAGGAGACCAUCACUCUGUCAGACACACAUGAUGGACUCACCAUCAGCUGUUCUGCAGGAUAUCCUGUGAAUGAAGAAAAAGAUGUGAAGACAGCAGCAGCAGAAAUCACUCUCAGUGUUUCAUGUAAGACAGCCAGUGUUUGUUAUUAG